AUAAAGGUGUCCACAUAUUUUGGGUGGCCACAGAGAGUGGUAGAAGACUCGGGGGGUAAUACUAUGGAAUUCUAUUUGAAGACUUUCUACACUGUGUUGGUACUGACACUGACAGGAGGCCUUGAUCCUACCAGUGUCUCAGCAGCAUCUCCUAAUCCUAGCUCAGUGUCCGUGAGGCCCAGCCCACAGCUCUCUCUCCCCAUUCUCAACCAGUCCUUCAGCCUGGACUGUAGCGGCUCCUUCCCAGGCCUGCCAGUGCUUUGGUACAAAGACGGCCAGGUUGUAGCUCCAGACGCCAGGAUAAACCUGUUGGAACACAACACCUCCCUCCACUUCAACUCCCUGCUGCCCUCUGAUGGUGGCUUCUAUCAGUGCGAGGUGACCAUGGCAAACAUGGCUGAAAGCAAGGUCAUAAGCUUGGGCUACCUGCUAAACUUUGAUCAUUGGAGUGUUAGUAUCAGUGGCCCUGACACAGUGUUGCCUGGGAGGGAAUACACCUUUACCUGCCAGGUGAACUGCACUGUCGACCUGGACUGCUCCAUCCGCUGGCCAUUGAGGGGGGGUAUCCUUACUAGCGCCUACCUCUCUGUGAGGAAGAAUAUCCUGAAAUGGAUCCCGUCGGUACCUGGUACGGUACAGAACUUCACCUGUGUGGUGGAGAACACAGCAGCUGGACGCUCUGCAGAGGCCUCCAAGACAGUGAAGGUCACAGGACCCACAGUAUCAGGAUCUGAAACAGUGAGGCUGACUGGAGUUUUAGGACUGGUCCUCUGUAUGGGACUGCUGUUCCUCCUUGAUCCCUAGGAGGGGCGCUAUAAGGCUACAGACGAUGGGAAGGACAGAGGAGAACAUUGAAUGAGUUCAGGUUCACCUUCAGAACGAAUAAUAAAACAGGAACCAACGUUUUGAAACUCUUAAUCCUGUCCAAUAAGAAUGCUUGUUUCUCAGAGUAAGAAUAUAAGGGAAUAAGAAUGUUUCCUCUGUUGUGGGAUAAUGAUAGUUGAGUCAUUGGAAGUUUCCAGUGAAUUAUGUUUAUCAUCCACAUGCAGUGGGUAACGAUGAGAAAAUAACAAAACGUACAUAUUGAUGUUAUCUAUGUAAUAUUUUAUUUUUUGCAACACCUACUGUAUUAUUAUUAUCUUUGUUGUUGUCGAGAUGACCUUGUAAAAUAAACUCCCAAAUGAGUGUGGUAAGAGA